CAACCACACGCACAGUUCUCCGAAGUGUCAAACUGAAAGUUGUCUCCUGCGUUCACUGGAGAGGUCAGGGGCGGAAGACUUAUCGAAGGAUGGCGCUAUCUCGGCUUUACGGCAGUCGCAUGCCUGCUGGCAUAAAAGCCGCGUUGAAUUUGUGCCGGAAAUCCCAAAAACCCCAAAUUGCCCUAAUGUCUGAUUUUAGAAUUGAAAAAGACACUUUCGGCGAACUCAAAGUUCCAGCUGACAAGUACUAUGGGGCCCAGACGUUAAGAUCUGUAAUGAACUUUCCCAUUGGCGGAGAGUUCGAAAGGAUGCCGUACCCAGUCAUCACAGCGAUGGGUGUCUUGAAAAAAGCGGCAGCCAUCGUCAACAAAGAAUUCGGUUUGGACCCGAAGAUAGCCGACGCUAUCUCACAAGCAUGCGAUGAAGUCAUAUCAGGGAAGCUGUAUUGUGACCACUUCCCUCUAGUUAUUUGGCAGACGGGCUCAGGAACGCAAACCAACAUGAACACAAACGAAGUCAUAAGUAAUCGAGCGAUUGAGCUUCUUGGAGGACAGCUCGGCUCCAAAACUCCAGUGCACCCUAAUGACCACGUCAAUAAGAGCCAAAGUAGUAAUGACACAUAUCCCGCGGCGAUGCACAUCGCCGUGGCUGUAGAAAUCCAAAAUACUCUUUUACCCGGACUUAAAACGUUGGCCGCUGCUCUCGAUAAAAAGGCGGACGAAUUUAAAGACAUUAUUAAGAUUGGACGCACGCAUUUGCAAGAUGCUGUGCCGCUGACUUUGGGGCAGGAGUUUAGUGGUUAUGUCCAACAAGUGUGUUUUGGUAUUGAUAGGAUUAAUGAUACGUUGCCGAGGUUGUAUCAUUUGGCGAUUGGGGGUACAGCUGUAGGGACUGGACUCAAUACGAGAAUAGGGUUUGCGGAGAAGUGUGCUGCAGAAAUUGCUAAACUAACGGGGCUGCCUUUUACAUCAGCUCCGAAUAAGUUUGAGGCUCUGGCUGCCCAUGACGCGAUGGUUGAAGUAUCGGGAGCUUUGAACGUGAUCGCGUGCUCGAUUAUGAAGAUUGCUAAUGAUAUUAGGUUCUUAGGUUCGGGCCCCCGCUGCGGCCUCGGCGAACUUUCCCUCCCCGAAAACGAGCCCGGCAGCUCCAUCAUGCCCGGCAAAGUCAACCCCACCCAGUGCGAGGCCAUCACCAUGGUGGCGGCCCAGGUGAUGGGCAACCACGUGGCUGUCACCAUCGGCGGCGCCAACGGCCACUUCGAGCUGAACGUCUUCAAACCCAUGAUGGUCUCCAACGUGUUGCGGUCGAUCCGCCUGUUGGGCGACGCCAGCAAAUGUUUCUCGGAAAAAUGCGUGGACGGCAUCCAGGUCAACAAAGAAAGAGUCGACAAGCUGUUGCACGAGAGCUUAAUGUUAGUAACGGCACUGAACCCCCACAUCGGGUACGAUAAGGCCGCGCAAAUCGCGAAAACUGCCCACAAGGAGAACAGCACGCUGAAGGAAACCGCCAUCAAACUGGGAAUUCUGACGGAAGAGCAGUUCCAUGAGUGGGUGAAGCCGGAGAAUAUGUUGGGUCCUAAGUAAAGCGGUGGUUGUUUUGUUUUUUGUAUAUAAACGAGUAUAUUGAAAUUAUUUUGCUGUUAAUAAACGCAGAUUGAUUUGUCAA